AUGCCCCCUCUUACGACGGGAUUCGAUCUCUCUCCCCAGCAAGUUCUUCGAGACAUCUCGAACUUCCGCGACCCCCACGACCCGAUUCCCGUCUCGAUUUCUCAGCUUCCGUGUGCUUUCGCCCCUACGACUUUCGCUGGCUCUGCAGAACUUGGUUGCAUAGGGAGUCGGUGUGAUCCCGUAACCUCCGAGUUCUGCAAAACUCCGGAUCCAACCAACCACCACCCACCGUUCCGUCUUCGCAUUUUUUCCUUUCCGAGAACCAGCCUCGCGACAACCGCCGACAAGACCGCAAGCCGCACAACUGGGUCUGGAGGACCGAGUCAGAAGCCUUCCAUCAUGUCGUCGGCCGCAAUGUCCAAAAAGAAUAAGGGGAAGAAGGUGGCGGAUCCCAAUGAGACGUCGAAGCUCUUAGCGGCCAAGAUCUCUCAGUUGGAACAAGAUGCCGCCGGAGAGAAGGACCAAGAACAGGAGAUCGAGCGUGAAGUCAAGAAGGCUACGAGAGACCUGAACCAACUUCUCAGCAAUAUCGAAUCCCCGAUGACCCGCCUAGAGACAGUUCACAAGAAGUACACUGAACUUUUGGCGGAUAUGAAAAAGCUGGAUCGCGACUAUGCCAAGAGCAAAAAGCGGGCAGACCAGUUGCAAAAAGAUCAGGACAAGGGAAAAUCGGAACUGAGCAAGACCGUUACCAUGAAAGAUAAACUCGAAAAGUUAUGCAGGGAGCUUACCAAAGAAAAUAAAAAAGUCAAGGACGAAAACAAGAAGCUAGAAGAUACGGAAAAGAAGGCGAGGCUGAUUGUCAAUGAGCGCUUGGAUUCGCUCUUGUACGACAUUCAAGACGUCAUGGCCGCCAAAGGUAGUCCACGAAGCGAGAAGGUGGACAUUGACUUGGACGAAGCUCUACGUGCAAAGAUCAAAACCAUCGGCGAGAAGUUUGAGAUGCGAGAAGGGCACUAUCGAACGCUCCUCCGUAGCAAAGACUCAGAGAUACAAUGUCUCACCGCCAAGUACGAAGAACAACGUCGAGCCGCCGAGAAUGAAGCCGCCCGUUGUCGCGCCCUCAGUUCGCAGGUCUCUACGUUCUCGCAUACCGAAGCGGAACUGCGCAGUCAACUCAACAUCUAUGUGGAGAAGUUCAAACAGGUGGAGGAUACGCUAAACAACAGCAACGAACUCUUCCUUACUUUCCGCAAAGAGAUGGAGGAGAUGUCGAAGAAGACGAAGCGCUUAGAGAAGGAGAACCUCACGCUCACCCGCAAACAUGACCAAACGAAUCGCAAUAUAUUGGAAAUGGCCGAGGAGCGCACGAGGAACUAUGAAGAACUCGAGAAAUGGCGAAAGAAAAGUCAUCAUCUCGAAGCCCUCUGCCGGCGGAUGCAAGCCCAGGGCCGAGGUCAGGGCCUCGCGGCCGACCUCGACGGGGAUGACGAAGGCACGGAGAGCGAAUACGACGAGGACUACGAGGAUGAGGACGAUGAUGACGAGGGAAUCAGCGACGACGAGUACGAGCUUGAAAGCACCGACCGCGACAUCAAUGGCGAACGCGGCGUAUCGCAACAACCAGAAAAGCCUGUGUUCGGACCGCCCCCUCCGCCGAAUCUGCUGGAGGCGCGGGCCAACGGAAACAAAGCUGUGAUGAAUGGAUGCCAUUAG